AUGGCGGAUGAGAACUAUACAAGGAUCACAGAAUUCAUAUUCAUUGGCUUGAGAUACCACCCUAAGCUGCAGGUCUUCCUGUUCUUGCUCUUUCUGCUUUUUUACCUGGUUACUAUGACUGGAAACUUAGGUAUGAUCAUUCUCAUCCGGGUAGAUUCUCGUCUUCACACUCCUAUGUACUUUUUCCUCAGCCAUCUGUCAUUUGUGGACAUUUGCUUCUCGUCGGUCGUGGGCCCCAAGAUGCUCACGGACUUCUUUGCAGAUAGAAAAGCUAUCUCUUUUCUGGGCUGUGUCUUACAGCAAUGGUUCUUUGGGUUUUUUGUGGCCAUUGAGUGUCUUCUCUUGGCAUCCAUGGCCUAUGACCGAUAUGUAGCCAUCUGUAACCCCCUGUUGUAUUCAGUAGCCAUGUCCCAGAGACUCUGCAUACAGCUGGUGAUCGGACCCUAUGCUGUUGGUUUUUUUAACACCAUGACUCACACAACAGCUGCUUUCCGACUUCCCUUUUGUGGCUCCAAUAUUAUCAACCAUUUCUUCUGUGACAUGUCUCCUAUCCUUUCCCUCAUAUGUGCUGACAUACGGAUCAACAAACUGUUGGUUUUCAUCGUGGCAGGCGCUGUAUUGAUUGUCAGUAGCACCACCAUCAUAGUCUCUUACUUUCACAUCCUCAUUGCCAUCCUGAGAAUCCGCUCGGCUGAAGGGAGGAGGAAAGCCUUCUCCACCUGCUCUUCCCAUGUUACAGCAGUUUCGAUUUUGUACGGGACUCUCUUCUUUAUCUAUGUGAGACCAAGCGCCAUUUCUUCUCUGGAUCUCAAUAAGGUGGUGUCUGUGUUCUACACAGCAGUGAUUCCCAUGCUUAACCCGCUCAUAUACAGCCUAAGGAAUAAAGAAGUGAAAUCGGCCAUGGGCAGGACAGUUGCUAAAGCCAAAGUUUUCCUCAAAAAUUAAA